ACGAGGAGCAGGACUGCGUGUGCUCCAUGACAACUUGUGGGAUGGACACUGCAGAUUUCAGAAGGAGAGGGAAGGAGAUGGUGGACUACAUUGCUGACUACUUGGAAAACAUUGAGCAGAGGGAUGUAUAUCCUGAUGUGCAGCCAGGAUACCUGAGGUCCCUCAUCCCAAACAAGGCCCCUGAGGAGCCCGACGCCUAUGAAGAUGUCAUCAGGGACAUCGAGAGGGUGAUCAUGCCUGGGGUGACACAUUGGCAUAGCCCCUACUUCUAUGCCUACUUCCCCACAGCCAGCUCCUAUCCUUCUAUGCUGGCAGACAUGCUCUGUACUGGUAUUGGCUGUAUUGGCUUCUCCUGGGCUGCCAGUCCAGCCUGCACUGAGUUGGAGACGGUCAUGCUGGACUGGCUGGGGAAAAUGCUCCAUCUCCCUGAUGACUUCCUGGCUGAAGCUACCGGGCAGGGCGGGGGUGUUAUACAGAGCACCGCCAGUGAGGCCACUCUUGUCGCUCUGCUGGCCGCUCGCUCCAGGAUCGUACGAAAGAUCCAAGAAGACGAUCCAGACCGCCAAGAGUUAGACAUCAUAUCCAGACUGGUAGCCUAUUCCUCUGAUCAGGCCCACUCAUCAGUGGAGAGGGCAGGGCUCAUUGCUGGAGUGAGGAUGAAGAAGGUACCCGCAGAUAAGACAUUUGCGGUUCGAGGAGAAACAUUCAGCGCCAUGUUGAAGGAAGACAAGGAGGCAGGACUCAUCCCUUUUUAUUUUUGUGCCACGCUUGGCACCACCCCAUCCUGUGCCUUUGAUUGCAUUACUGAAUUGGGUCCCAUAUGUAAUGCAGAGAAUAUAUGGAUGCACAUUGAUGCUGCAUAUGCAGGGAGUGCCUUCAUUUGCCCAGAAUUUAGACCUCUUCUGAACGGCGUAGAGUUUGCAGAUUCCUUCAACUUCAAUCCUCACAAGUGGCUUUUGGUGAACUUUGACUGCUCUGCUAUGUGGGUAAAGAAACGAGCUGAUAUCAUCGGGGCUUUCAAAAUGGAUCCCCUGUAUCUAAAGCACGAUCACCAGGAAUCAGGGCUGGUCACAGACUACAGACACUGGCAGAUCCCGCUGGGGCGUAGGUUCCGCUCUCUGAAGAUGUGGUUUGUGUUCCGCCUGUAUGGACUCAAGGGUCUACAGGCGUACAUCCGAAAGCAUGUGGGGCUUGCCAAGGAGUUUGAGAGGCGGGUUCGAGAGGACCAGCGCUUUGAGAUCAGUGCAGACGUUGUCUUGGGCCUGGUCUGUUUCAGGCUGAAGGGCUCAGAUGAAACGAACAAGACACUGCUGAAAAGGAUAAAUGAAGCCCGCAAGAUCCACCUGGUACCCUGUCAGCUGGCUGGCAGUUUCGUGCUACGCUUCGCCAUCUGUGCCCGGACCACUGAGUCCCGCCACAUUCAGGAGGCUUGGUCUCACAUUUCUGAGAUCGCCUCAAAGGUUCUGCAGGACCUGCCGAACUAACCCACAAGAGGGCACUGCCCUGUCACUGCAAUGUUACAUGCCAAACAUUUUGCCUCUCAGCCUCUGUGUGUGUGCUUGUGUGCCUCUGUGCAAGUAAGUACAUUUGUAAAUGUCUGUGGGUGCAUUUCUCUGAAAGGUGUCCUAUAUGUUCAGUCACCCUCUUGUUUAUGGUAUAAAAUGCAAUUGAAUUUUGUCUAGAUUGAUAGCACUUUGCUUAAUUAUUUGAGGAUGAGCCCAGUUCAACACAGACUGAUAGAGUCAGAGCUUGAAAUGACAUUAGAGAUGUGAUUCCCCUUUGACUCCAUAGACUGACACUCCUGCUGUAUACCUCCCCACUUAUCUGACCAGCUGUGUUUGACUGCUCUGUUUAGGCCUUACCUAUAAUGGUGGGCUAUGACCCAGUUGAUGGAUGUGACCAGAUCAGUGCGAUUCAUUGCAGCAUGUGAUUCUUGUCAGACUGAAUUUCUGUCACUGCUUCCUCUCUGUGUGUACCUGACCAGGGUUAUGAGUACUGACAGCACCGCAUCUCACUUCCCCUCAGGACUUGUGUGGAGCCUACACUGAAUCAUACAUCUCUCUCAUACCCCUCUGCCUCUCUCCCUUUCUCCUUAAUACUUCUGCUGCUCCUUCCCCUCUCACAUGGAUAUCACCAUGUCUGGCUGCGACACUUUCAGGAAGAGAGGCAAGGGAUAUGACCUGGUCAGGGAGAGAAGAAAGGGAUUUAAGAGGAGAGGAAAGGAAUAUGACCUGGUCAGAAAGAGAAGAGAGGGUUUUAAGAAGAGGGGAGAGGAAUAUGACCUGGUCAGGGAGAGAAGAAAGGGAUUUAAGAGGAGAGGAGAGGAAUAUGACCUGGUCAGGAAAAGAAGAGAAGGAUUUAAGAAGAGAGGAGAGGGAUAUGACCUGGUCAGGAAGAGAAGAGAGGGCUAUAACCCUGUCAGGUAGCGAGGAGGAAUGGUGGAUGGGAAUAUGAUCCUGUAGGAGAGAGGUUCCAAUAAUGUAACCCCACAUACACACUGAAUCAGUGUUGUAGUACAUUUAAUAUCUACAGACAUUUUCUACAUCCUACGUCUGUUAUUGUGCAUUUUUCUGUGAAUCUCAAAACCAAAAAGAAGGGGAAAAGAACACAGCUGGAUGAUAAUAUGCCAAAGUGGUCAAUACAGAUUGUUGAGAAAUUCUAGUGAAAAUGAAAAGUGUAUGUGUAUUGUUCCCUUUGGAAGAUUUAGGUAAUACGUUUUAAUACUCAUCAGUCCCAGACAAGUCCACGAUUCAGAAAGAAUACAAACACAAUUUCUCAGUAUAAAUACUCAUCUGUCCCUUCCUGUCAUAGUGAGUAUAAAUUUUACACUGUAGCCCAUGUGGUAAAAGGUUAAGUUAGUUCCUUUGGCAAGAGGACUACAGCAGCAUGCCAUCAGGGAUUCAAGCUUGCAACCUCCCAGCCCAGUUCCCUAACCCCCACACAACACUGCCUUUCAGAGCUAGUUUGCCUCUGUGUCAGUCCUAUCUGAGAGACUCAGGGUUAUUUCUAAAUGAAUCUCAACAUAAAAUGGAGGUAUAAUUCUGAGUUAUGAACACAGUAAUCAAAAAUAUAAUCUACUGGUGUGGGAAUACCUGAUGGGAGGUCUAUGGAUUUUGCGUCGACCAAACAACAGUAUUUUUCUUUCUUUUCAUGAAAUAUAUGAAGUUACAAGGCCACGGUCCCUGUAAUAAACUCGUAUAAACACAAAGUUAUGGACAUUUAAAUCACAAUGUUCAUUCUGAAACAUUCCAAAGAUCUGAGCCUCAAGAGAAAUCUAGUUGCUUUUAUUACCGCCUGUGUAGGUCUCAAAGCUACUUAUCAUACAGUUGAUCUGUCACAAUCCUUUAUCAUGUGAAUUUAUUCAGGUUCAGCUUGUAAUAUAAACAAAGACGACAUGCUGCGAAGAGAUGUAGCAUUAUUUAAUGUGUCUAAAAUGGAGUGAAUUUAGAGUUAUGCAAAUGAAAUCAUGAUGACAUAUUUAAAUUGAAUCACAUGAAAUGAUCAGCUGUUUUUGAUGGGGCGUGCCCCCAUGCUUCUUUAAAAUGGAGGUUCCUUCAUUCUGCAUGAGCUUGCGAGGGCAGCUCUGUGUGCAUUGCGUGCGUGUGUGGUGUGCGUGACGUAGCUGAAGGUGAUGAACAUGCUUAGAUUGUUUCUGCGCGAUAAGUUCUGUGUAUUUAUUUGUUUUUCACUGUAGUAUUGUUCUGCCAUUUUGCUGUUUUCUCAUCUUGCUUACCUGUGACUGAAUAAAUGUGCUUUCAGUCCAUACCCUGAGUCUGAAAGUUAUGUUUAAA